AUGGCACUCCUUCAGGCUCGAGUCAAGAGUGUCCUCUCUGGUGACACCUUGAUCAUCACUAACCAAAAAGGUGCCGAACGUACUCUUUCUUUGGCUUAUAUCUCUGCUCCAAGAUUGAAGAGAGAAGGUGAUGAGCCAUUUGCCUUCCAAUCUCGCGAGUUCAUUCGAGAGCUAUUAUUGGGCAAAGUCAUUCAAUUCCAAGUCCUCUACGCAAUACCCACCACCAAGCGAGAAUAUGGUCGAGUCAAGCUUCCCAAUGGCCCUGACCUACCCGACCUGGUUGUCCAAGAGGGCUGGGCCAAGGUUCGAGAAGAUGCAGGCAAGAAAGAGGAUGACGAGACUGCAUUGGCAUAUCUUGAUAAGCUGAAGUCACUCGAAGCCGAAGCAAAGUCAAAUAACAAGGGUGUCUGGUCAAAAGGUGGACAGAUAGAAAACUCCUCAGAGGUUUCAGAUCCUAAUGCCCUGGUCGAGAAAUUCAAAGGGAAGAAAGUCGAGGCCAUCGUUGAGCGUGUCUUGACUGGUGAUCGCCUCAUAGCUCGAGUGAUCUUGAGUCCAACCAAGCAUGUUCAGACCAUGCUAGUUCUAGGUGGUGUGAGAACCCCCGCAACCAAGAGGACCACACCCGAAGGCAAGGAAGUUCCCGCAGAGGCAUUUGGCACCGAAGCACACGCUUUUGUGGAAGAAAGACUACACCAGCGAAAGGUACAAGUCGAACUCUUGGGAGUUACACCCCAGAAUCAACUCAUCGCCAAUGUACUUCAUCCCAGGGGCAACAUUGCCAAAUUCCUACUCGAAGCUGGGCUGGCUAGAUCCAAUGAUCAGCACGUUACUCUACUUGGGAAUGAUAUGGCACAGUUCCGUCAAGCAGAGAACGCUGCCAAGAAUGCUCGAAAAGGUGUGUUCACCGGUACUUCGGCUUCCAAAGCUUCUGGAGUCCAAGAUGCCGAUUUCACAGUCUCAAGAGUUCUGAAUGCCGAAACCAUCUUCAUUCGAACUCGCUCUGGUGAUGAACGAAAGGUGACCCUCUCAAGUAUUCGACAACCCAAGCCGUCGGAUCCCAAACAGGCACCUUUUGGAGCCGAGGCCAAGGAAUUCGCGAGAAAGAGACUGAUUGGCAAACACGUCAAAGUCAGUAUCGAUGGCAAGAAACCGGCCUCGGAGGGCUUUGAAGAGAAAGAAGUUGCAACUGUGACGGUCAAUGGUAAGAACAUUGCUUUGGCCUUGGUAGAGGCCGGAUACGUCUCAGUGAUUCGACAUCGCCGAGAUGACGAUGACCGUUCUCCCGAUUAUGAUGCUCUCCUUCUUGCCGAAGAGGCCGCUCAGAAAGAUGAAAAGGGUAUUUGGUCAUCCAAACCCCCUGCAGCCAAGCAAUAUCAAGAUUACUCGGAAAGCCUACAAAAAGCCAAGAUGGAAGCAUCAGUACUACAACGUCAAAAGAAAGUUCCAGCUGUGGUCGACUUUGUGCGGUCUGGUGCUCGAUUUGUGGUACUGGUCCCUCGAGAGAAUGCCAAGCUGACGUUCGUCCUUUCUGGAAUUCGCACUCCCAAGCCUGCUCGUCAGUCAGGUGAGGCAGCUGAGCCAUUUGGACAGGAAGCUUUGGAAUUCGCGAAUCGCAGAACUCUGCAAAGAGAUGUGGAAAUCGAUGUGGAAACCACGGACAAAGUCGGCGGUUUUAUUGGAACCCUGUACGUUGGACGCGAGAACUUUGCUAGAGCACUGGUGGAAGAAGGAUUGGCUGAAGUACAUGCUUACUCUGCUGAGCAAAGUGGCAAUGCGAAUGAGCUGUUUGCGGCCGAGAAAAAGGCCAAGGAAGGACGCAAAGGAAUGUGGCACGAUUGGGAUCCUAGCAAAGAUGCGGAGGUGGAAGAACAACCAGUGCCUUCGAAUGGAACCAAUGGAGAUGCUGCCGAGGCCGCUCCACGGAAAAAGGACUAUCGUGAUGUGGUGGUGACCCAUGUUGACGAGGCAGGAAAACUGAAGAUCCAACAAGUUGGCAGUGGAACUGGGGCGUUGACGGAGUUGAUGAAUGCGUUCAAGUCAUUCCAUCUCAACAAAGCCAACGACCAGCCAUUAGCAGGACCUCCCAAGGUUGGAGAUCUUGUUGCUGGCAAAUUCACCGUGGAUAACGAAUGGUAUCGAGCCAAGGUUCGAAGGGUUGAUCGUGAAGGCAAGAAGGUAGAUGUGACGUAUCUCGACUAUGGCAACUCGGAGACGGUACCAUUCUCUCGACUACGACCACUGAGUCAACCGCAAUUUUCGACACAAAAGCUCAAGCCUCAAGCGACCGAUGCAGUGCUGUCAUUUAUACAAUUGCCCACCUCGCAGCAAUACUUACCGGAUGCGGUAGGCUUUAUUGGGGAGGAGACUGAUGGUCGAGAGUUGGUAGCGAAUGUCGACUAUAUUGUCGAUGGCACACUCUACGUUACGCUUUUCGACCCUAAGAUCUCUACCAAGAUUGAAGAAAGUAUCAAUGCUGAAGUGGUACGCGAGGGUCUUGCUAUGAUUCCGACGAAACUCAAGGGAUGGGAACGGCAGGCAACUGAGACACUGAGCCAACUGGGAAAACUACAAGAAGAGGCCAAGAAAGCACGUCGCGGUAUGUGGGAAUAUGGAGACUUGACUGAGGACUAG